AUAACAUUAUCCCAAUCAUUCAAAUUAUAAAAUUGCUGGUGAAAGUAUGGCGUGCAAGUCUUGGAUAAACUUUGCCUGCUAUUAAAACUUCAAAUCCAAAUAACAAGAAGAAACAAAUAUCAUUGCUUUCAUGUUGACCUGCAGCUAGAAAUGGAAAAAUCAAAAAGAGAUGUUGAUGAAGCAGCAAUGCAGUCCUCUUCUGGUCGAAAAAAUGGUGGCUGGAUAACCUUCCCCUUCAUUAUAGCAACUAUGGCGGGCUUAUCGCUUGCGUCUGGAGGGUGGAAUAGCAAUCUGAUUGUUUUUCUGAUAAAUGAAUUCAACAUGAAGAGCAUCAAAGCAGCUAAAGUUUACAAUGUAGUCAAUGGUUGCACCACCCUUUUCCCAAUUCUUGGUGGAAUCAUUGCUGACUCUUAUCUUGGCUGUUUUUCUGUCAUUUGGAUUUCUUCUCUUAUCUCCGCGCUGGGUAUAUUGUUUCUACUAUUGACAGCAGCAAUUGAUGUAUUAAGACCUGCAGCAUGUGAUGAUGGAUCCAGUCUUUGUACAAGCCCCUCAAAACACCAGUAUGCAGUAUUAUAUGUGGCUAUGGGACUAGCUUCUUUAGGGGUUGCAGGUACGCGUUUUACAAUUGCGCCCAUGGGAGCUAAUCAAUUUGAUAAUCCAAAACAUCAAGCAAUUUUCUUUGAUUGGUACAUAUUCGCCUUUUACACGUCCUUUGCUAUAAGCACCACGGCCAUUGUUUAUGUGGAGGACAAUAUUAGUUGGUCAUGGGGUUUUGGUAUCUCUUUGGCUUUUAACAUCCUUGGCCUGGCAAUGUUUCUCAUUGGGAAACGUUUCUAUCGCCAUGUUAAGGAACAAGGAGGCAGCCCUUUCGUCAACUUAGCACGUUGUAUUGUCGCUGCCAUUAGGAAAUGGAGAGUCCCUCUUUCAGAACAAACUCAAAGCUACUACCAUGAUCCAAGUGAUACAACCACAAUCACAACCUCUCCGGUUCCUACAAAGUUCUUCAAGUUCUUGAAUAAUGCAGCUUUUAUUACUGAGGGAGACACCAAAUCAGACGGCUCGAUUAGGAACCCCUGGAGACUAUGUACAGUGCAGCAAGUGGAAGAUUUGAAAAGUUUGAUCAAGCUUUUCCCUCUAUGGGCUAGUGGUUUACUUAUAUCCACACAACUAGUCAUGCAAUCAAGUCUGCUAAUUCUUCAAGCUCUCAAAAUGGAUCGACAUAUGGGACCUCAUUUCGAGAUCCCAGCUGGUUCUAUGUUAGUCUUCAUAAUGUUAUUUACCUGUAUAAUGAUAGCAAUCAUUGAUAGACUACUCUACCCUUUUCUAGCUAAGUACACCCACUUUUCUAUCACCCCACUUCAGCGCAUUGGAAUAGGCCAUGCGCUGACUAUAGUUAGCAUGGCUGUCUCCGCGCUGGUGGAAUCCAGGAGGCUGAGGCUCGUUAGAUCGCACCAUCUCCAAGGCCAAAAUGGCGCCAUUGUUUCAAUGUCAGUCUUUUGGCUCGUGCCACAGCUAGCUCUAAAUGGAAUUGGAGAAGGGUUCCAUUUUCCAGGACAUAUGGGGUUUUAUUACCAAGAAUUUCCAGCAUCUUUGAAGAGCACCUCGACUGCAAUGGUUGCGCUGUUUAUUGGUAUCGCGUACUAUAUAGGAAACGGGUUGAUUGAUCUGGUUCAACGACUAGCAGGAUGGUUGCCUGACAAUAUCAAUGAUGGAAGAAUGGACAAUGUCUUCUGGCUCUUCAUUUAUUUCCUUGUGGUUGCUUCCUUUUACAAGUACAAAAAUAUGGACGACAAACCAAAUGAUAUGCCCAGUAAAUGAAAGGAGUACUUAUUAGUAUAAUUUAAGAAGCAUAUACAUCUGUCAUAGUGUGAAAUAUUGUGCUUUAUUCAGUUAUACAUGAGUUGAUAAGCUCUUAGGAAAGAGAGCAAAUGAGUUCUUUAAAUAAGUGAGAAAAUACAGGCAAAAGGGCGUAAAUUGGUGCAAAAUUAUCGGUUAGCAACUUUGUUGCUGUGCAAUGUCAAAAUAGAUAAUGCAAGAUAAGAUAAUAGCUUUGGACUUGAGUUGACUCCAGAUAAUGAAGUCCACAGAACUACAAGCACAUAUACCAAGUAAAUGAUGGAUUCUGAAAAGGAACAAACUUUCAAGAUUAAACCAUUCUCUUAUACUUUGGCCAGGACAGGAUAGAAGAAUUUACAGAUGAACUAUUCAAUUUGAUUUAAGUGGCUACAGAUUACACCACCCACUUAUUAACCAUGUUUGCUGGAACAUGGCAGCAAGCACCAACUUUAAAGAAAGAUGUUUCCCUGAACAUGUGAAUGCUCAACCACUAUAAGAUGCAUGAACUGACCGAGCCAUGAUAGGAGCAAAAAUGGCCCUCA